GAAAUUUCUUCUAUAAAAAAAGGUAGUGAAACCAAUCAUUUGUCUCACCAAGAUUCCCUGCUCAUCUUUUAAGUAUUCUGAUCAAAAGCUAUUAAGAGUAUUGUGUAAAAUGUCAUCCUCUUUAGUGGGUAAGCUAGAAACAGAUGUAGAAAUCAAAGCUCCAGCUUCAAAAUUCCAUGAAAUCUUUAGGCACAAACCUCACCACAUCUCCAAUGUCUCCUCUGACUUCAUUCAAGGCUGUGAACUCCAUGAAGGUGAAUGGGGAACUGUGGGAUCUGUAAUCUACUGGAAAUAUUUCCAUGAUGGGAAGCCUAGAGUUGCCAAGGAGUUGGUGGAAGCCAUAGAUGAUGAGAACAAUUCCAUCACAUUCAAAAUUCUCGAAGGAGACCUUAUGGAGCACUACAAGAGCUUCAAAGCCACUUUGAAAUGUAUCCCAAAAGGUGAGGGAAGUGUAAUUCACUGGACUUUGGAAUAUGAGAAACUUCAUGAUGAAAUUAUAGACCCCCACACUAUGAUUCAGUUCGCCUCCGAUCUCUCCAAAGAUCUUCAGAAGUCCCUUGUCGAGGCAUAAGAAACACGUGCAUAUAACAAGGCCCAUGAACCUUGAGUUUAUGGUUACGUUUUUUAUAUUUAUAAUUUUCCCAUUAUCUCUGCUUUAUGUUUUCUGUGUGUAAUAAAAGGUCACAUAGCGAUCUUUCAUUUCGUUUCCUCUAUUCGAGAUUUGAAACCGUUUACUUGAAAUAGUACUAUUUCCUAAAUUAUAUGUUGUUCAUCUGAAGUUUUAUACUUCUCAGAUGAUUAUGAUGUUUUAUGUCAUAAGAUGAUGUUUAGAGGAAACCAUUUGAAACCCAUGCAGUUAAUUGUAGCUUCAAACAGAUCUUGAUUAGAGGAACUAUUUUCCAUA